AUGGAUCCUUUCCGAAAUAUAAAUAAUUAUAUGGUCAACUCGCGUAACCAGGUUGCAGUAACCCAUUUACUUAAGUAUAUGGAACGUACGCUCCUGACAAACAUCGAGGCGUCACUUUUUGACAGAUUGGCAAACCUUCCAUGCGGUCCCCCGUUUAGAGAGUCGGUUUUCGAUCGAGCCUUGGGCUUCUUGCGUGCCCAGUAUGAUGAAGAAAGAGAUGCCGCGUGGGCUAUCGCCCUAAAUCCCUGGGAAUGUCGGCUGCUAAAUCGUACAACUGGAGCAUCAUUUACCAAAGUUUUCUGCACCAAUCUCUACAUCCCGUUCGAUGGGUGUUAUGAGAAUAAACGAGAUGUUGGGCGACUAGACAACUUCCUUACCAAUUUCGGUGGCCUCGCAGCUCGAGCGGCAAGCGGUCAUGCCGUUAGAGGGGCGAUUAACCCAUGGCAUAUCAAGGAACUGGUAUUUUGUCAGGACCCUCUAUUCUCAAGUACGGAUAUUGGGUCGGUUCGUGACCUGUCACGAGCUAGAUCUAUCAACCACUUCCUAAAACGCCUCCGCGAAGACCGGGAGGGGGGAUUGUUACCGACGGUAACUCCAAAACGAAUAAAGGCGUAUGCAGAGAUAUGCACCGAAGGUCACCUGCAAGAAAUGGAAGCGAUGUUUGGAUAUGAUCCCAACAAAGUCUGUCUGAUGUGGCUCAGGAUUAUUGAGUUGCUCAAAUAUUUGCCAAACCUCGAGGUAUUUAAAUGGCAAUCCGACGCCCGAGUCGUGGAACCCUUCCUUUCGGCCAUUUCCCACUAUUGCAAGAAGCUUACGGUCCUGGAGAUUGAGCUCCACAAUGGGUUUGACAACAACGAGUAUAUGAUUAAUGCAUGGAAUAGGUUCUACCUGAGCAAGACUACCGGCAGAUUGUAUCAAUCGCACCGGAUAUUAAAUGAGCCGGUGGCGAAACACAUAUGCCAAUAUAUCUCGAGAGAUCCAAAGGAUAGGGAGUCAGAAGAACUCCCUACGCAGUGCCACAUCAAUCUCAAGCUUAUUCUUAAGAUGGACCGUGAUGUACAACCUAUCAUUGAGACGGUCGGGAAGUAUACCCGGCAUGUGCAAUCGUUGUACGUCGACCGUUCCAAAUCCCAUGAAUUUAUGGACGACAACAAAAAGAGAGAGCAUGGACGGCCGUAUGAGCGCUCUUGGUUCCACCUACAGUAUGGCGUUACCCAUCUGUCUCUUAUAGGCACCGACGCAACCAUGCACAACUGCAUUAUGGGAGCCAUAUUUCCAGCUUCGAUUGAGAGUCUUGAAAUCAAAGAUUGCCAGUCCCUCGACGGCGUCUACCUCCCAAUUCUUUCCGGUCCAAACCGGCUUCGGAAAUUCAAAAUCUCGUUCCCGCCGCCCGAUGAGGCCAAGGAGCGUGCCUACAGGUACUGGCGGCACUACGUGUUCCAGAAGCAGUUAACCCUGGACUUCCUCCGCUGCGACACGAUAGAGCUGGACGAGCUGGACAUCCGCGGGGAUUUUGGGGAUCCCUCAUUGAACCCCGUUGAGUUCUCGGGUCUGUCAACCGACCUCUUCUUUGCCGUCGAGGCUCAAGCCAAAUCCCUCGUAAGCCUGAAGGUCCUCAAUAACAAUAUCGACUUUACGCUGGCGGAGAUAGGGAGUAUUAUAGUCCAGGCGGAGAAUCUCACGCAACUGGGUCUCAGCUGCCGCGCAUUCAGAUACCAAGACCAGUUUUGGCACUGGAUCGAGCAGGGUCUCGGAACCCACCGCAACUUCGAGCGCCUCCUCGCCCUCCUCGGACAAAACGAGAACCCCUUCUCCCUCACCAUCCUCCGCACCCACUACCACAUCCUCGACCUAGCAAACUACGAACGCGACGGCGCCGACCGCCUCAUCGUACCCACGCGCAGCGUCAUCGACUACGAAGUCAUCGCCAAGAAGAUGGUUGAGCAAGGCCUGCCGCUCGCGCACCUCGGCAUCUUCGCCGAGGGGGAGAAGCACGGGUAUGGGAUUUAUGGGGCCCAAUGGGACGAGUUCCUGUAUGCGUUUGAGCUGCUGGAUGCUGAGCUCCAUCUGCAGAACGUGCUGGAGGGGACGGUUGCGAUGUAUAGUGAGUUUGAGAAGAUUAAUAGAAGGUGGAUUGAGGAUUGUGGGGUGGCUAUGCCGAUUCCGGUGCAGGAUCCGCCGAAUCGUGAACGGGAGAUUUGA